AUGCGAACCAUCGCCCCGCGCGUGAGCCCCCGGGCCAACCAGAAGACCAAGCCGACAAAGACGAAAUCUCAACGACUGAGUGCCGCCGAAAAGAUCGAACUGGACCGGCUGGCGGCCAUUCUGCCCCCGGUGGCUCGACUCGCGAAUCCGGGCCGCGAUCCGCUACGCGUCCUCCACGACACGGCCGCCUAUAUCGACAACCUGGUGCAGCUCGUCGAGGCGAGAGUGGCCAGAGGGACACUUAGUCCAGACGUCCUCGCCCAAUUCCCGACGGCUCGCCUGCCCCGCGCAACGGCCCCUCGAAAACCCCGGAGGAAAAGCCUCGAAAAGAAACCG